AAAAUGUCUUUUCCUCUCCUCUUGCAGAAUGGCAGGUGAAAAUAAUGGGGAAUAUUGAUGCCUGGAUAAGCAUCUUUGUGUAUUUUCUCAUUGUAGGAGGAGAGACAACUCCUCCGAGAGAAACACCAUAUGCAUGUCCACAAGAGUGCACAUGUUUGUUUGGGGAAUCCCUACAGGUUACCUGCAGCUUGAAGCAUUUAUCAAGCAUCCCACCCACUACUUCCCACUUGACACUGAAAGAUGACACCCACGGCACACUCUCUGCCAAAGCCCUAAGCCUCAGGAACCUAACAUCCUUGAGACAUCUCUCCCUGAAGGGCAUCGGGCUGACCGGUCUCCACGGCAGGAUCUUCCAGGGCCUCCGCCUCCUCCAGGAGCUCGACCUGUCCGAAAACCUCCUCCGGGAGAUUCCCCGUGACAUAUUCUAUGACUUGAGAAACCUGAGAUCGCUGAAUCUGUCACAUAAUGCUUUGAAUAGCAUAGGCAGCGAUUGUUUCAAUCGUCUAAUCUCUCUCCAGGUUCUGGAUCUCAGUCACAAUCAGAUCCAAACCGUGGACCACAAUGCCUUCCUGCAGUCGCAGGAGCUUCGUUCCCUCUAUCUGGAUCACAAUUCCAUGGUUGCCAUUGAUACAGGGACCCUGGAUGGUCUCUCUGCAUUGCAACACCUGAAAUUCCACCAUAAUCCUUUAGUAUUCCUACCCAAUGAUUUCUGCCUCUACUUGAAAAACCUCAAGGUCUUGGAUCUGACGGCAACCCGGCUGUUUUUCCUCGAAAAAGAGCCAUUCCUCGGCUGCGAAAACAUAUCCACGUUCAUUGCCAGACGCCUACCAAAUCUGAGAAGCAUCCGAUCGCAGACAUUCUCUGGAAUGAGUCAUGUUCGAACCAUCAUCGUGUCAGAAAAUCCAGCGCUGACACACAUAGCUGAUGAUGCAUUCGAAGGCCUGCAAGAUCUGGACAUCCUCGACCUGACAAAGAACCAACUCUCUAAUCUUCCAUACAGCCUUUCAAAGCUAUCUCCAAUGAAAGUUCUGGCUCUAGAAAGAAAUCCCUUUACCUGCAGUUGUGAGCUGUACUGGCUCAAGUCAUGGAUGAAGGCCAACAUGACUCUUGGAAUUUUAUGUGGGGGUGAGGGAGAAGAGAAAACCCUUCAAGAAACAUUGAAGAACAUGACAUGCACUUCUGCAAAUAUCACAGAAACUCGAGUGACUAGUCCCACAAGACUAGGUGCAGAUGCACUUCUCGAAUGCAAUACGACUGGAAAUCCCCUGCCGGUGAAAACAUGGGUCACACCCAAUAGCAUUGUCUUUCAUUAUUAUCCACCCGAUUCCCGCUUCAGUCCCAUCUUCUCCAAGCACCCUCGAGGACAUCACCAGAACCUGACCAAACUCUCCACCAGAGAAGUCAACAGAUUCCAUCUGUUACCUGAUGGAAGUCUUUACAUAGAGAAGAUCUCAAGACUGGACAUUGGAGAAUAUUUGUGUUUUGUGGCCAAUACAUUCUCUAAUGCAAGCAGCACCAUCACACUAGUUGCAAGCACAGAAAACCUGCUAGAUAUUGAAAUAGAGAGCAUUCUUUUUGGAGUAGCAGUUGCUGCUCUGAUCCUACUCAUCACCUUGAUCUAUCAGCUCAUCAAAUUUAUCCUGACCAAGUUUGGAUGCUGCUGUUAUGAUGCAAAUUCCCCAAGAGCCCGACAGAUUCGUCAAAUUCUCGAAAACCUAGAACAGUACCGGACUGAUCAACUAGACUGGAUCAGGCAAAAUUAUAAUAUGCAGGCACAGAAAGUGAAGGAAAAUUGUGCUCAGCAGAUAUACAGGAUAAGAGAAAGUUAUGCAGGUCAAGUAAAAACCCUCAGGGGGUUUAGGGACUAUGGAACAAAUCAGCUGUCCUCAAUGCGGGACCAAUAUUACGAUCAGGUGAAACGUGUUAAGGAGUACUCAAUGCAACAGAUGCAGAGAGCAAGAGAAAAUUACAUCGGCCAGAGGGAGAGAUUACGCAAAUUCACGGUCCAGCAGCUCAUCCGUCUACGGGAGAACUACAAAUUGCAACAGAAAACUCUGAACAAAAUCAUGGAGAACAUUCCAUCCAUCAACAUGGACAACUGCCGCAUGGGCUCUUGUAACCAAACAGAUUCUAUGAUGCUUGAUGAACUAGAUGAUUUCCCACUGGACUUUGAAGCUGAUCUGGGUGAAGUGCUGGAAGCUCCAGAUAUCACCCCUGUAUCAUCUGUAUACUUUACUCCUGAAGUCUCCUCCCUCAACAGUUAUGCGGAAAGUGAUAUUAAAGGUGAAAGAUCUGAGGUGUUAACGGUGAAAAUAACUGAUGACAGUAGUGACGAGGACUGCCAUGAAUCAUCUGCCAUGAUAGUGUAAGUUUCACCACAGUCCAUACCCUUCAUGGCCUGUUGGGAGUGAUAUGGAUCCAUGUUUGUGAUUAUUUUGGUGAUCUUUUAGUUCUUCUUCAUGUCUAGAGUAUUACAUGAGUGAUUUAUCUGUUUCAUGUAAGGUUAAAUAAUAAAACACUGUUCACAAAGACCACCC